GCACUCCUCGAGAGAGACGAGCCAGCCAUGUCCGAGACCAAGCAGUAUACCUGGGACGACCUCCGCACCGAGGGCGCAAAGUCCAAGGACGGCCUCCUCAUGCUCAUCCACGGCAAGGUGUACGGCAUCUCCAAGUUCCUCGACGAGCACCCGGGCGGCGACGAGGUCCUCUUUGGCGAGGCAGGGCGCGACGCGACCGAGGCGUUCGAGGACGUCGGCCACUCGGACGAGGCGCGCGAGAUCCUCGACAAGUACUACGUCGGCGAGGGCCCCGAGGGCACGGCCAAGGGUGCCGCACCGGCAAAGUCGGCGCGCGAGGCGGCGGGCAAGGCAGAGGGCGGCGGCUUCACCUACCUCCUCCCCUUGGCCGCCAUCGCCGCCUGGUUCGCCUACAAGUUCUACUCGUCCAAGGACCAGUAGACUCGCUCUCGGUAGACGUCGACCGGCUCGGUGGCCCCCCCUUUGUCGUUUCCUUCCCUCCUCUUUCCCUUUCUCCUCUCGCAGUAGUACCCUUGGCCCUCCCCUUCCCCUCUCCCACACACUCUCUCUCGGUCCACUCCAGGGCGGUAUAGCAACCUCGUUUGUCGCAUC